CUCGUCUUGGGCGCCAUCAUUCCCUCCGCCGCCAUGUCCCUCAAGAUCGCCGUCAUCGUUUGCAUGGCUGCUGUGGCCCUGGCUGAUCACCCCCCUCCUCCUGGCCCCUACCACCCUCAGCAGCGGCCCUAUCAUGGCGAACCAGACUACCCUGAUGUCCCACCCAAGUACACCUACAACUACGGCGUCGCCGACGGCUACUCCGGCGUCAACCUCGGCCACUCUGAAGCCCGCGACGGCUACAAGACCGAGGGCAGCUACACAGUCGACCUCCCCGACGGCCGCAAGCAGAUCUUCAACUACAUGGACAACGGCGACGGCCUUGUAGCCCAGGUCACCUACGAGGGCGAGGCUCAGUACCCCGAGCACAGGCCCGCCUACAGGCCCGCUCCCCCCGCCUACCCUGCUCCCCAUGCAUAAAAAACUGCUUCAUGAUAUAUUCCUUAAUCUCAGAAGUGACUUCAUGGCCAUUCACUGUUAUUCCUUCACGUUCCAUCAUCACCAAACAUAUAUUUGUUCGUUUUCUGUUUCGUUUGUGAAUGAACUAAUAAAUUUUCUAUUUGUGA